GCGGGAAAGUGGACUUCAGACGAUAGAAGAAAGCUUCUGAGCUUCUCAGAGUAAAAAUGGCGAACAAGCUCAUCAACCAGAUGGGCCUCCCCAAAUCCAUCGCCAACGUUUUCACCGCUCGUAACAUCACCACCGCCAAGGAAGCUCUGUCAUUAACCGAAUUUGAAUUAAUGGAGGUAUUGGAUGUGAAUUUGGCAGAAGUCACGUCUGCGAUAGCCCGCAUCAGUGAAAUCACAUGUCCUCCCUAUCAAACCGUGCUAAGUCUAAUGGAGCAACAGGUUCAGAAGGAACACAAUGGUGGUCACCUUUCGACGCGCCUCAAAGGCCUAGACGAUGCCUUGUGUGGUGGCAUUCCAUUUGGGGUUUUGACAGAGUUGGUUGGUCCGGCUGGCAUUGGCAAAACACAGUUCUGUCUGAAGCUUGCAUUGUUGGCUUCGUUGCCAGAAGCUUAUGGAGGUUUAGAUGGUCGGGUAAUAUACAUCGAUGUAGAAUCCAAAUUUAGUUCAAGAAGGAUGAUAGAAAUUGGAUCAAAGAGUUUCCCAGAAAUAUUUCACAAGAAAGGAAUGGCACAAGAGAUGGCUGGUAGGAUUCUUGUUAUGCGGCCGACAUCACUUUCUGAGUUCACUGAGAGUUUGCAACAACUCAAGAUCUCACUCCUUCAAAACCAUGUGAAGUUGCUCAUUAUUGAUAGCAUGGCUGCUCUUGUUGCAGGGGAACAGGGGCAGGGAGCACCUAAGCAGCAUCUACUGGGUUGGCAUAUUUCCUUUAUUAAGUCACUUGCUGAAUUUUCACGAAUCCCUAUUGUUGUUACGAACCAAGUGAGAUCUCAAAUUCGUGAUGAAGCCUGCCAGUAUUCUUUUCAAGGUGGGAUAGUUUGGUCAAAUUGUGAGAUUCAUCAUAUGAAUUAUGAAUGUAAUAUAUCUUACUCUGCAGUGCAGAACAGGGAAAAAGCAUUACAUGAACAUACAGAAUAUGAUUCUCAUCUUGUUGCUGCUUUGGGGAUUCACUGGGCUCAUGCUGUGACCAUACGUCUUGUGCUUGAUUCUAAAUCUGGGAAGAGGUUCAUAAAGCUAGCAAAGUCUCCAAUAUCACCCCCUCUGGCCUUCGCGUUCAACAUAACAUCAUCUGGAAUCUCAUUGCUAAGCGAUGGUGGAAUAGAACUGACAGGACCAGAGAUAAACACAAUUCAUUGCCAAGGACACAGCGACGUAAUUAAUUUUGACGGGAAAAGGUUUCAGUGAUCAAUCUGAAGGAAAGCAGCAUAAAUGUGUAGGAAUUUGCAAGAAAUUCAAUACAAUGGUAGAAAAAAAUAUGUGCCUCAGGUCAGGUUACAAACUCAAUAUGCAUCACUUCUCCAUGCACAAAGCUAACCAUCAAGGCAAGAUCAACCGAGAUUUAAAACUUGCUGAGGGCCCUUUUUUCUCAUAGCAGGUUUAGAGUUUUGUGUUUAUCUUCUGUGUUUUGUACUCCUUUCAUGGGCAGGGUGUAUAAUCCGUUUGAUGUGAAGUUGUUGACGGUGAAUGUUCGUUGGCGGGUUUCUUGUGUAUUUGCCAGUAUAUACAAACUCAUAUUAUUCAUCAUCUUCUGGAGUACAAUGUGUUAUCUUUAUCUUUUCUUAAUCAACGGGGAGCGAGGAACCAAA